GAUUCGCUCCAACACGGUUUUGUGCUGGAUUCAUCACUUGCUGACCUGGCAUGGGGGUCUGGGAAUUCAAGCCAGGAUUUUGCCCGCCAGGGAUGUUCCAAGGCACUUGAGGUCCGGCUCCAUUAUCACCACGCACAAAGCCAUGCCAGCACACCUCAUCAGGCGUCCAUGCCAACACCCGCCGCGAGUGUACCUACUCCUACACCUUCUGCUAGUACCCCAGCACAAACAAGUAUGGUACCACCGCAGCGCCCUCGAAGAUUUGGAAUCUCCGAGCCUUCGAGUGAAAUUAAACCCGCCAAUCUCGCUACACCACCAGCCUCCACCUCUGCAGCCGCCCACACCUCACCCGCAACACCAGCCAGUCCUCCCAAGGGUAAACCCGUUCGCAAGAUGCCCAAGCCCCGAAAGCCGUCAAAAGCUGGUGAUACUCCUACUCCUGUUCCAGAACCCGUGACGACUCCUACGCCUGUUGCAACGACUAGUCACAAACGCCCAUUAGACGAAGCUGAAACACCAGCAUCGCAAUCUGAAGCGCCCCAACUGAAGCGACCAAAGACUGAACCGGUCAACCCCCCGGUCCCUAUCAAAGUGCCUACACCACCUUCGGUGCUUAGUGCCCCUGUUGAUCGCUCUACAAUCAAAACAGAAGAGGAUGCCAACGCACUACUGGCAGAGUCGUUCAAGAAGGUUGAAGAAAGUGAUGCAGGACUGUCUUCGCAAACCCAAUUCAUCGACUGGAUCACUCAGCUAGUGUCCAACCCGGCUUCAACAUCCUCCGCACCAACACUAAUGACCACAGAAACCCAAAUUUCUGUAACAAACGAUGGGGAUGGCCUGUUUGAUGGCGGUGGUAUCGACUUUUUCAACUGGAACGACUACUAUUCAGAAUCAGAUCCACCUAGCAUGCCAGAAUUAGAAAAUCCGACGACUGUAAGCCCAGAAUCGCAUAACGGAGCAACGACAACGCCGCCGUCGCAAAGCACUGCGGCACGACCUGGAACUGGGAAUGGUCGUGUGAACGCUGCUGCAGUCGUCCCCCUCACCGCUUCUACUUCGACACGAGACGUCAAGAACCGAUGGAGGAACCCUUCGCCAUUGCCCAAUAGAUGGUGGCAAUCUUAUUACACCCCUCCUCAUCCCGUCGAACCGUUGACCGCUCUCUGUCUCGUUAAACAGUCUCUGAUCAAUUAUCUCAAUCUCCUUGUUGUUUUAAUGUGGUCCUCGGUUACUCUGUCUCACUGUCGUGCCUACUUUUUCUCUUCAUCUAGUGUCCCCCUCCUCAUACCACUCGCCAUUCAGACUUUUAGAUUUACUAUAUCACCCAGAGAAGCUAAUCAGUUUUUGGACUACAUGAUAUUGAUGGAAGAGUCAUGCAGUGAUGCAGAUCUAGGGUACAGCAGGGGAUAG